AUAGGGGUGCCCAGAAGGGACUAAACCAGGGCUUGGAACAUGGAUCCCAUCUCCACCUGGAAUACUAAGAUGGUGGUGGCCUGGAUGAGAGGUUUGCAUCCGGUGUUACAAGACUAUCCCUUUGAGACGUGGGGCCUGACUGGGAAGGGACUGCUUCAUCUGUCGUAUCGGGACCUGGAGGAUCUGGGCAUGAGGCGCGUUGGCCAUCAGGAGCUGCUUCUGGAAGCUGUGGAGCAGCUCUGCGUAUUGAACUAUGACCUGGCAACGACCAACCUGCAGGUGCUGACUGAGAAGCUGCAAGGCAUUGUAAGGACGAUUGAAACCUUCAUCCUGAGCCGAAGGAAAGUUAGCACCUACGACGGAUACACUAUGGAGAAACCCUCCUCAGACCUCCUGGGCUGUGUGGUGGAGUUGAUUGGCGCUGCAAAGGGUCUCUUCUUAUGGCUCAACAGGUAUCUCUUCUCCCACCUUAACGAUUUUUCAGCCAGCAAAGACAUCAUCUGGCUGUGUGGAGAUCUAGCAGAGAUUAUGAAAGCGGACUGCACUGUGUCUGAGAGGGAGGACCGGAUUUUACUGAUUGGCAGACACAUCUCAGGAAUCUGCGAGCACAUCUUGAAUUACAGUCCAGUUGAACUCCUGCAUCGAACUGCCAUCUUGGAGACAGUGGAACUUGUGGCAGCAGGUCCAGAGGACAGUCUGGGCAUUGAGAUUAAGUCCUCACCCACCUGUCUCCAUUUCAUAUCGGGAACUGCCCCAGAGUCCCCGGCUGAGCACUGCAGCAGCGGGAUCCUUCCAGGGGACGAGAUAGUGCAAGUCAACAACCAGGUGGUGGUGGGCUGGACGCGGAUGAAUCUGGUGAAGAAGCUUCUUGAGACAUCAAGUCAUGUGACUUUGGUGCUGAAGAAAAUACCACUCGUUUUCCCAGGGACUCCCAGUUCCCCUGAGUCUUCUCCUCUACAGCAGAAGGUGCUGGAAGGUUUGUUCAAUGUUGUGGAACCCCUGAGCUUGCACAGUGAUGAGUCUGCGACUAGUUUUGGUUCUUCGACUUCCAGCAUGACUGCUGAGGUGGAUGGGAGACCGGAUUUUCUUCUAGGUCUCCCUGCUGAUGAAGAGGAGCAGGAAGCAACCAAUUCAUGGCAUUCGGAUGGCUCUCUAGAAGAACCUUCUGGGGCAGGUGCAUUUGCUGAACCUGUGCUGGAAGGUGAGAACCUUGUCAGGGUUGAUCCUGAAGGAUCCAGAUCCCCUGGUGCUGCUUCCCCUGCCAGACCCAGUACCUUGGAACUUGAAUCGGAAGACUCCACAACCCCUGAGAAUGGGUUUGUCAGAGGAAUCAGAGGGCUGGGAUCUGCAGAUUCUUCCAAAGAGGGCAGUGUUGAAUAUCGACGAAAGCAAAAAGGAAUGGCAACCCGACUGAGUCGCCGCCGAAUCUCCUGCCAGGAUCUGGGGCAGGUGGACUGCGAUGGCUGGCUCCUUAAGAAGAAAGACCACGGGGGCUUCAUGGCCCAGAAAUGGAAGCGGUUUUGGUUCGUGCUGAAGGGUCAAUCCCUCUACUGGUACAGCAACCCCAACGAUGAGAAGGCUGUGGGUUUCAUCAAUGUGUCAGCGUACAGGCUGGAAAGCAAAAAGGAACAGAAGAAGAAAUAUGUCUUCCAGCUUACCCAUGAGAAAUACAAGCCCUUUAUCUUUGCAGCAGAGACCCUGGCUGACCUGAGCAUGUGGGUCAGCCGUUUGAUAACUUCUAUGAUGAAAUACACUCCAGUCCAUAAAUCUGUUCCACAUAGGCAAGAAGAUUGCUACAGUGAAACAGAAGCAGAGGACCCUGAGGAUGACUCUCCUAGGCAUAGCUUUGAUCUGCCAAAGCGGAGGGAACUGGAAAAAGAUCAGCUGCUAACAGGAGCCGUAGGGAAUAACGAAUCCCCAAGCAGGAGUCCUCUGGGUAGUCCCCUCCCAAGACAAAAUGCAGACCACAGCCCAGCAUCGCCCUCUCCCACAGAUCCUUCAGGAGAAGAACUGGAGUCUUUGAUCAAGUGUCUGAAGCAAGGCGGAGUGUCACUCAUUGGGAAACAGCAGGUGUUCACCCGCGAAUAUUACCGGAAGUCCUUUGUCAAGCGCAACAAGAACCCAGAGAUCAACGAGAAGGUUCAUCUUGUUCGGACCCUCCAAAGUACACUCAAGGCAAAAACAGCUGAACUUCAGCUACUCGAUAUUCUUCUGGAUGACUCUGAACUGACCUCUGAGAAAUUCAGAGCAUGGAAAGAACAACAUCAGGAGUUGUACCAGGAAAUCCAGGCCUGGUGGGCCAAGAGGGUGAGCCAAGAGGAUGGCGCAAGAACAGACUAUGUGUCAGACUUCAACCCAGAGGACGCUGUUGCUGCUGCUGCUGCUGCUGCUGCUCCAUAAACUAUUUUGUCAGCAGGAUAUGUGCUCUGUGGAUAUUACCUUCCUCCCUAUUCCCAUAAACAAACUCAGAUGGUCCUCUCACCCUAGAGAGAAAGAAUAUGAAUGACAAAGAAGAACUUCUUGCUGAACUGAGAGAUUAGGAAGAUUGUUUGUUGUCAUGACGGGCAUUUUGAUUUCAUCUGGGUUUAUUUUAAAGAAGACAGACACAUGUUUCUGACAGUGCAAAAGAGAAGCCUGACCCAAGGGAGCAGGACACAAACUGCUGUCUGUGGACCAACAUCUUGAAAAAAGCUGAAAAAGCAAGAUUUUAAAGUUGCUUUCCGUAGCUUUGUUUCCCUUGAAAAAGUUAUUCAGAAAGCAGCAAUUUCACUGACACGUUUCAAGUUGAAACUCUUAUGUGUAAUUUUAAUAACUAAAAAGGCAUCCUAGCAA